AAAAAAGGCAUGGUAAAUUGAUUGUGUUGUGUCUGUGAAUGAUGUGAAAAUAUUGUACAUUCAUAAAUAACACAAAGAAAAAAUGCACAAAACCGUUUAAACCAGUUGAAAUAUGUUUUAAAAGCUGGUUAAGGAGCUGCAAGGGUGUUUAUUUAAACUGUUUAGUUUAUUCUUCAUUGUUAAAUUUAAGCAGCAAUAGUGUCACCGAGGGGUUUUCAUCUUGCUUCUAUCUCCACCCACAUAGCCUACCUGGGGGACAUGUAAAUAUUGUCCUCAUCAGAGGGAAGUCCUUGUUGAGGAAACAACACUGCGUCACUCUGGUGAUUAUUUCACCCCAUUUUCAGGUGAUAAUUCAGAAUGAGGAGUGCUGCAGUUUUUCUGGUGUAUCUGCUCUGUCUGCACUGGACGUGGGCUCAGGGUGAGACUGGAGGGGUGGCAGGGGACGAUAUUCAGGGUGUUAAAGCAACCCAUGAUCAGAGCAGCUGCCAGACCAACAUCACCCCUGACAUCUGGGCUGAGCUGAAGGAGCUGAGAGACAUGGCCAUCGAACAAAAGGUGGAGCUGAGAAACAGCAGGAGCAUGAUAGAGAAGCUGGAGCAAGAGAAUACAGCUUUGAAGGCCAGAAUGAGGACCAGUGAAAACCAGGUUGAGGAACUCAAGAAAGAGAAUACAGAUCUUCUAUCCAGAGUAACAGCAAGUGAACAUAAGUGCACAGUUUUAGAAACCAGAAUGAGCUCCAGUGAGAACAACGUGGAAGAGCUCAUCAGAGAGAAUGCAGACCGUCCAAAGGUGGCGUUCUCGCUCGGUCUUACUGAUGUGGGACAAGUUGGACCCUUCGACACUGAUAUCACACUUAAAUUCAGUAAAGUCUUCAUCAACUUCGGCCAGGCCUACAACCCAACUACAGGUAUUUUCACAGCCCCUGUCAGAGGAGUCUACUAUUUCAGAUUCAAUGGGUGGGAUGCACGGCUUUCAAAUGUUUUGCGUAUUAAACUGUAUCACAAUGACAAGAGAAUUACUGAGAGUUACGAUGUGAACGAUCAACAUGGUUACGUCAGCCUGUCUAACGCGUUUGUUCUACAACUGGAAAAGGGAGACGUGAUCUACAUGGUUCUCAAGUUAAACACCAGUAUUUGGGAUGAUUCCAAUAAUCGCACCACUUUUAGUGGAUUUCUACUUUUUGCUGUGUAAAUGAUGCUGUAAAACCCCAACAGUCAGCUGCCUUCUGUUCCAGCAUUAAACAAUUAAAGAUGUGUGUGCUAACCAAAUCCAUACAA